CCAAAAGCUGCCCUCGCAAAACAUUAACGCUCACGAACACGGGAUUUAUUCAAGCCUACCAUGAUUUGAUUUCACGUAUUUCGAUAAUUAAUGUUUCGUUUGAUAAUAUUAAAUGUAUUUUGUGGCUCCUCGUCGACUGUCGCGACAGCGGUGAUAAUGGAUGCAGGAGGAGAGGAGGACCAAAAUAAUCACACAUCAAGUGCAAAAUCGUUUGAGCACAGAGAGAUUGCCGAUGUGGACGAAGAGGGUCUCUUCAACCAUUCAGACACACUCACCAACAGGCAACGUGGCAAUGAAGUGAAUGCACGCCCAGCGAACUUAGACUCUCUGUCCAUACAUCAGCUGGCUGCCCAGGGUGAGGUUUUACAAGUGGCGGUGCGACUAAGUAAAGACGUAUCAUUGCUGAGCAAACAGGACGAACGGGGCUUCACUCCUCUUAUGUGGGCGUCGGCGUUUGGAGAGAAAACAGUGGUGGACUUGCUCUUGGAAAAGGGCGCAGACCCCAAAAUAGUUGCAAGGGACCGUGAAAGUGCGCUGACGCUAGCCAGUUCCGGAGGCUAUGUGGACAUCAUCGAGGUUCUCCUCAGAUGUGGGGUUGAUGUCAACGCCUUUGACUGGAAUGGAGGGACUCCGCUUCUGUAUGCUGUUCGAGGAAACCAUGUUAAAUGUGUUGAGGCGCUCUUGGCCAAAGGAGCGGACAUAACCACAGAGUCUGAUUCUGGCUACAGUGCAAUGGCCUUGGCUGUUGCCCUGGGAUACAAAAAAAUUCAGAAGGUGUUGGAGGACCAUAUUCUCAGACUCUACAAGCCAGCAUGCCGAUAAAUUACACUGACACUGAGGAAGUGCAUUUUUGUUUUUUUUUUAUUUCAUUUUUAUGUAAUGCAGUAUCACAAAUAAUAUUUACCAACUGUGCAGGAAGAUAGUUUAUCUAUAGACCAUCAACACUGAACGUAAACAAGAUGUAAUAAAUGUAUUUUUUUAUAGUGUG